GUCUGUUAGGUACACGUGUGUCAGAAGCGCCUCUCUACCAGCGGAACCGCCAUGGAGGAGAAACUGAAUUUGGAUCUGGAAGACUUUUCGUCGGAGCCAUUUUUGGACGAACUCGUUAAGGAAAUAACAGAGCAAGACCCUUCGUUUCUAAUCGGGAUUUUCGUCGCUAUAGCCGUUGUUAUUAUUACAAUAGUGCUUUUGAAAUUUUUCUUGAGCUCCAAGAAGAAAAGAAACGCAGUAUUGCUAGUUGGUGUGUGUGACGCUGGAAAAUCCCUCCUCUUCAGCCGGCUCCUGACGGGGAAAUUUAUCCAAACUGUGACCUCCAUCAAAGAGAGUAAAGCGCCAUACAGAGCAAAAAAUGAGAAGGGUACCAGCUGGACUCUUGUGGACAUUCCUGGUCAUGACAGUCUAAGAGCUCAGUUUGUGGAAAAGUUCAAGGAGUCUGCCAGAGCUAUCGUGUUCGUGGUGGAUAGCGCCGCCUUCCAGAAAGAGGUAAAGGAUGUGGCCGAGUUUCUUUACUUCCUCCUGACGGACCACGUGCUGAUAAACAACUCUCCGGCCUUGCUGGUCACCUGCAACAAACAAGACAUGGCCAUGGCAAAAUCAGCCAAACUGAUCCAACAGCAGCUGGAGAAAGAGCUAACCACUCUGAGAGUGACUCGAUUGGCGGCCCUGACUUCUCAGGACGGCUCGGUUCGGUCCACGGUGCAGCUGGGGAAGAAAGGCAAGGACUUCGAGUUCUCUCAGCUGCCCCUGCCGGUGGAGUUUGUAGAGUGCAGCGCACGCAGCAACAACGAUGACCAAGACGCCAACAUCGAAGCUUUGGAGAAAAGUUUGGCCAAAUUAUGAACUGACAAAACUGUCAGAAAUAUAUGAAGUCAUGUAUAAGUGUUUAUUACAUGUCUUUUAGUCAGUAUUGUUGUUUUUUUUCUUCUUCUUUGUUUUUAUAUAGACUCGACUCAACCUGGAGUCUAUUUACGUCUUUGAGUUUUAGUGAGAACCUUCAUCCAAAGCAUUCACACAGAUUUAUUUAUUUGGACUACACAGGUUUUAAUUUAACACCAUAAAACUGUUAUUUAUUUUUCAAGGUACCAGGAGUUAACUGUGUUAAAAGCAUGUUUUUCUUUUCCCUCCACGCCUCUGCUUUGUGCCUCAUAUGUCCAACGCUGACGGUGUAAUUAUGGUAACUCAUCAGGCUCGGGCUCCUGCUGAAUCCUGUAAAUAAACUGCCAUUUUUGCAUGUUAA